CGGGGUCCUCGCGCGCGUCCCACGUGAGCGCCAGCGGAGCCACGGCCCUAGUUGUCGAGGUCCAGACGCGCCCGCUGGUCCGCGAGUGUCCGUGCCUCCCCGCCGGCCAUGGCAGUCACCGACGGAGCGCCCCUCCAGCUUUCCGAGCCCGCCGCCGCCGCCGCCGGGACGUCCUCCGGGCCCCGCGCGGCCCCGGCGAGGCGGCGAGCACAGGCCACCAAAAGGAAACGCCAAGCGUCCAAUGAGGCUCCCCCAGCCAAACGGGGGAAUGCGGCGUCCUCUCUCCCCGCCAAGAAAACCGCUGCUAAGCCAGCGCAGAGGGGCCUGAAGGGGAAGGCGCAGAAGGUGUUUUCUCGGAAGAAGGCUUUGGCUGGUGCGAGUGAGAAAAGCCAAGAGCAGAAGCCGGGCGUUAAGACUUCAUCGUUGUUUAAAAACAACCCUGAGAUUCCGGAGCUCCCCAGACCUGAGGUCAAGCAGGUGCAAGAAAAGGUGUUUUCUUCAGAUGCUUUUCAUGAGCUGGACCUCCACCCACAUCUGAUUUCCACACUAAAUACAGUCUUGAACAUAUUUCAUAUGACCAGUGUCCAGAAGCAAAGCAUUCCUGCGCUGCUGGAAGGCAGAGACGCUCUCGUGAGAUCUCAGACGGGCUCAGGUAAAACUCUUGCCUAUUGCAUCCCUGUGGUCCAGUCCCUUCAAGCAAUGAAAACAAAAAUACAGCGCGGUGACGGCCCCUACGCGCUGGUGCUGGUGCCGACGAGAGAGCUGGCGCUACAAAGCUUUGACACUUUCCAGAAACUGCUCAAGCCAUUUACCUGGAUUGUGCCUGGAGUGUUAAUGGGAGGAGAGAAGAGAAAGUCUGAAAAAGCCAGGCUCCGCAAAGGAAUCAAUAUCCUCAUCUCCACUCCUGGACGUCUGGUGGAUCAUAUAAAAUCCACAAAGAACAUUCAUUUCAACCGCAUCCGCUGGCUGGUUCUGGAUGAAGCCGACAGAAUCUUGGAUCUGGGCUUCGAAAAGACUAUCACGGUGAUACUCAACGCGAUCAACGCAGAGUGCCAGGAACGACAGAACGUCUUGCUGUCGGCCACUCUCACGGAAGGUGUGACACGGCUCGCUGACAUCAGUUUACACAACCCAGUCAGCAUUUCUGUCCUGGAUAAUAGCUUCGAUCAGCCUUACCUGACAGAUGAAGAGUCUUCUGACGACUCUGACUCACUAAGUGAUGACGACUAUGAUGAUGACGAUGAGGAUGACGAUGAUGAUGAUGAUGAUGAGCUGGACGGCUUUGCAAUUCCGGAGGGUCUUGAGCAGUAUGUGGUCUUGGUUCCCAGCAAACUGAGGCUGGUCUGCCUGGCAGCCUUCAUCCUGCAGAAGUGCAAGUUUGAAACUGACCAGAAGCUGAUCGUCUUUUUCUCGAGUUGCGAGCUGGUGGAGUUCCACUACCACCUCUUCUUCCAGACCCUGCUGGGCGGCGCGGCGUCAGGGCAGUUACCAUCUGGCGGCCCGCGAUUAACAUUCCUGCGGCUGCAUGGCAACAUGGACCAGGAGGAGAGAACAGCAGUGUUCCGCGAGUUUGCACAGGCCGGCCCUGGCGUCCUCUUCUGCACGGAUGUUGCAGCUCGAGGCUUAGAUCUCCCUCAAGUCACAUGGAUUGUUCAGUACAACGCUCCGUCUUCAGCCGCGGAAUACAUCCACCGGAUCGGGAGAACCGCCCGCAUUGGCUGCCACGGGAGCAGCCUGCUCUUCUUGGCGCCUUCGGAGGCAGAAUAUGUCAGCUCGCUGGCUUCUCACAAAAUCAACACUUCUGAGAUGAAGAUGGAUGAUAUUCUGUCUGUUCUGACAAGGGAUGAUUCUUUCCAAGCCAGACGAGGUGGUGGCCAGAAAACGCGAGGAAGGUGACAGUCGCGCUGCGGAGGUGGCUUAACGAAAGGAGGGCAGCACAGAAAGUUUGCAUUUCACAUCAGUUAAGUGGCUGAAAAAAUCCUUGUUAAUGACAACAGCAAAUGUCCACUUUCGUAACACGGCUCCGGAGUGACUUUUCUCCUGACAUUGGAGCGGAGGAUGCCCUUAGGGGGCAUGUACUGUGAAAUCAGCUAGACUGUCAUCAGCCAAACAGGUAGCAGGGUGAUCUGAUUCAACUAAAAACAUUUUCAGGGUGUUCCGUCUCUCUUAAUACAGAGGUGAAUGUCGAUCCUAAAGAAGGGGACUUUUCUUCUCUCCCUUUGUUCCUCCCUGGCAGCUCUCGAAGCGAGAGGCUCAGCGUCUGGGGCAGGCCGGCAGCCGGCCAGGCGCCCCGGUCCUCUGCGGGGUCAGAGGGACCAUGAGCUGGGCCGCCUCGUCUCCCCCGUGACUCGAGGGGAGUGUGCAGCAGAGGCUGAUCGCCCCAUUCAAAGAGUCAACGUGUUAGCCACAUGGGGCUGCACAACGUGUUCUUUUGCAUCUCGGUUUCUCCUUCAAGCCUGCGUGUGUGUUUUAAGAUGUGUAAGAAACAAAACACUCAUUGGGGUGGGGGUCGGGGAGGCGACAAGGAAUGGAAAUCUUUGCGAUGGUUUAAGGAUGAAAGUAUUUUAUUAACGCAUCCCCUUUGUAGGGUCUUUCAAUGCAUACAGAUGCAGUUUCUUAUAGGGAACAGUUUGCUGAGACAGCCCAUGCCUUAACAGGUUCCUGGGAGCUCGGCACGGUGGGCUGAAGGAAUGAUCCGAACGGCCUGGGGGUGAGGACGUGCCCUCUGGAAUCCAGGGUGGGGAUGUUCAGGCAGCUCACCGGGAGCUCGCCCAGAGGAGGGAGGGGCAGAUCUGGGGCCUCUGUAGGAGGUACAAGAGUCAUUUGAGAACAACUUUGCUUCAUUGGUGUUUUAAAUGCCCGAAUUGGACCCGGAAAAUUCCAGAGUGUCUCCAGUGGACUUUCAAUUUGAACGUGAGUGAUAAGAGGCCAGGAAGAAAAGUUAGUAAGUAAAUAAAUAAACAAACCAACAGACCGGGUCUGCUCCGUCACAAAGCCAUCCUUGUCUUUGCCUGACUAACAUCUUCAUAGCCCCUUUUUCCCUGGUAAUAUUGAAAGGAUUACCCUGUUGGCCCCGAGGUGGUUACUGUGUGAUUUUACUGUUAUUAAAUCUAUUAUAAACUGCUUCAUUAUUCCUGCCUCUGACUGUCUCUCCUUUAAUCCUCCCAUCACCC